AUGGCUAAGAGCUGUGGAAAGCCCUUCCUCUCACAGAAGGCCUUCAGAGAGCAGCUCAUCAAGAAGCUUGCUGGCUACAGCACCACUGCACCACGCCCUGUCCCUUCUGCUCCUGCCACAAAAAUUCACCAGGAGAGUGACACAGAAGGAAUGGAUGAGGACUCUGUGAGUGACUACAGUUAUGAUUCCAGCGCGGAAGAAAUGUUUUUGGAAGGAAAAGAUCCACUUUUAGACCAUGGCACUGAUUCCGACUGGGAGCCCCCAGCGCCAACUUGUUCAUCCAGCUGGACCCCUGCUGUCUCUGGGCCAUCUACAGGUGUGAAGGCACUGACAAAGAAGCGGAAGAGGGGAAGUGUGCCACCUGCUAACAAAGGGACAGAAGGGCGUUGGCACACUGUCCUAGAAGAUGAUGUGGAGCCACCCCAACCAACUUUUCGGCCGAAAAGGAAGCCAGGACCUCAGGUGAACUCGACCACAACUUACAGCCCCCUUCAGCUUUUUCAGUUGUUUUUCACACAAUCCGUUGUAGAUUCGCUCGUGUCUAACACGAAUAAGUAUGGGAAGAAGAAGCAGGCAGGCAAAAAGGUAGCAUGGAAGCCCAUAUCCAUGUCAGACUUUUUCUGCUACCUUUCACUGGUCAUCUACAUGGGGAUGGUGAAGCUGAAAAGCCUGACGGACUACUGGAAAACGUCAUCACUCUACCAACUGCCUUUCCCCAUGACUGUUAUGUCCUGCAAAAGGUUUCUGGUUCUUUCACAGGCGCUUCAUAUCAGUGACCCAAAGGUUGAUGAAGCGAAUGACAAGAAGAGAGGCACAGCAACGUUUGAUAGACUGUGCAAAAUCAAACCUCUCUACUCCAGCAUUGUUGAGGCCUGCAAGACGUACUUUCAGCCAGCCCAGAACGUGUCAAUCGAUGAGAGGAUGGUAGCCUCAAAGGCCAGAAUUGGCCUCAAACAAUACAUGCGAAACAAACCAACCAAGUGGGGUUACAAGCUGUUUGUGUUGGCUGAUUCUGUGUGUGCCUACACAUGCAAUUUUUUUGUCUAUGAGGGGAGGAACAGUUUUGCUACCGGUAAGGGACUUGGCUAUGACUCUGUAAUGGAGUUAUUGGAUUUUCAACUGCUAGGGAAGGGCUACAAACUGUUUGUGGAUAACUUCUACACAAGCCCUACCCUGUUUGCAGACCUUAGGAAGCGGGAAAAAGCCUUCAGAGAGCAGCUCAUCAAGGAGCUUGCUGGCUACAGCACCACGGCACCACGCCCUGUCCCUUCUGCUCCUGCCACAAGUGUUCAUCUGCCCAAAUAUAUUUGUGCAGGCAUGGAUGUGCCUAAGGGCCAAAAGGGCACAGCAUGGAGGCGUUGCUGUGUUGUUUGCAAGAUGAAGUCCCCCAUCACCUGCACCACAUGCUCGGUGACCCUCUGCUUUACAUCAGAAAGAGACUGCUAUGGCAUCUGGCAUCAGCAGCAGAAUAUUGUGUAG